CACCCACUCUUCCACUCUUUCAAACAAGUGAAGAGAAAUUUCUUCUUUUCUUUCUUUCAUAUUUGUAUUCUUCCAAACAACACAUCUUUUCUACUCUACCCUCUCUUUCUCUUUUGAUUCCAUCCAUUGUAUAUCUGUCCUUAUUGCUUUCCUCUCUAUUUCACUUCUAAUCCAAACACAACAUUAGUGUUUCUUUUGGAUUGUCUAGCUGGUAAAUAAUAUUGUGUAGCCGACAUGUUAUGUUUUCUAUUUUUGAAUUUACUCAUAUACUGCAACAUUCAAGCGUCGAUUGCCUGAGGUACAAUUAGCAUGCUGCCUAUUUCAUAUAGAUUAUAACUUGUUGCCUUGGGUGGGAAAACUCCUUAGGACUUAAUCACAGGGGCAUUAGAAGUAACUUCCUUCAUGUGAUGAGGAAUAGUGACUGCCAAGCAUCCAAAACUGUUAGGGACUCGUUAUUAUACUGCCCUGACAUGUUUUUAGUUCUUUCCCCUUUUUCUAGGGAAAAAACUGUGUUAAAUGAGGAUGCAUAAAUUCUCAUAUUUUUGUGAUUAUCACGUAAGAGGUUCAAUUUGAUGCUUCUCGUAGCUAAUAUUUACAUUGUUCAUGCAGCAUCCUGGAAAUAUUGCAGUUGAUGAUGUCAAUGGUGGAAGAUUGAUCUUUUAUGAUUUUGGAAUGAUGGGAAGUAUCAGUCAAAAUAUCCGAGAAGGUUUACUUGAAGCUUUUUAUGGAAUUUAUGAGAAGAAUCCAGAAAAGGUCCUUCAAGCAAUGAUUCAAAUGGGUGUUCUUGUCCCAACUGGAGAUAUGACUGCUGUUAAACGAACAGCACAGUUCUUCCUCAAUAGGUAUUUUAUUCAAAUUAAACCCAUUUGGUGGGAAUUCAUAAAAUAGAAACACCUAUAGAUA